UUCAUUCAUCGUGACGUCAAGCCGGAGAACAUCCUCAUUACAAAGACGAGACAGCUAAAACUGUGCGACUUUGGAUUUGCUCGAACACUUGCCGGCCCAGAUGACAGAUAUACAGAUUAUGUGGCAACUCGUUGGUACCGAGCGCCAGAACUACUGGUAGGAGAUACACAAUAUGGACCACCAGUGGAUAUUUGGGCCAUCGGCUGUGUUGUAGCAGAAAUGCUCACCGGUUCACCCCUAUGGCCUGGUCGGUCUGAUCUUGACCAACUCUUUCAGAUCAUCAAUACUCUUGGUAGGUCGAAUUGGGCUCUUUACGAUGAUCAAAAUAUGGGAAUUGUUGAGGUAGUCGUUUCCAAACUUGAACAGCCCAUUUGGCGGGAAAGUCUGGAUAAGAAGUUCUCCUCCCUUCAACCCCCAUUGGAAGCAUUUGAACUGGAUUUCUUGCGGGCUUGCUUCCACCUGGAUCCUAUGGAACGAGCAACAUCCGAGUACUUGUUAAAGCAUAAAUUUUUGGAGGGUGCAGCUCUUCUCACCUCCGUUUCUAUCGUCUCGCCGCUUCCCUCCACCACUGUUGCGGUAAGCCCUUCCGGAGACAGCAUAGCAACCAACAUAUACCGUGUCGGCCUCCCUGCAGAAAAUCGAACUAAAGUACCACCAGUCGGAAUCUAUGCUAGAAAGGCUAAGAUCGUUCGCGGUAGCGUCUACCAUCCCUUCGCCGCGUGGCCAAAAACUGAACUUGGUGGGAUUUCUAACUUUGGUAUUACUGGUGCCUCUGUGGCUGGUGGCGUACAACAGCAACAUUGCGCUACUAAUGUGGGUCUGCGAACGACCGGAUUUUGUGUAAACCCUAUGCCAGCGUGGAAGACUGUUCCAGGCACGCAACCAGUUGGAGGACUGAAACAGAAUCAAACUGACGGUACCCUUCCGAGCCUGAAAACGAAUCAGAAUGCCUACACAUCCACCCAAGCCUCCACACCGUUCCCCAAUUUCCAAGGACUCAAUUGUGUACCAGUUUUCCCCAACCAGUCCACUAUGCAUUCCAUUCAACACGGGCCUGCAGGAAAUUCUACCAACACCUCUACCACAACUUCUUCCACCGCCGUCACGACGUCAAUAGAGAGCUGCUGCUUUCAGGUUGCGCCUCUACCAAUUACCAAAUUGGUUGCAACCAGAAACUACUUGACGACAAAUUCGACAAAUAUCAGCCGACAGCAAGGCUUGGGAGGGGCUGCUAUAGUAUCGUUGGUGCCACAAUCACCAAAACAGGGGGAGAAGAAUGUGGCAGCUACUCAUCUUCCUAAUAUCAAUUGA